AUGGCUCCCUACCAAACAUCCGUGAGGCUUCCCGCUCGUUCGAGUCUCUCUGGUUCCAUUACCGCCGAAGCUCUGGCUCGAUUGGAAUUGGCGACAAACGAAUUGUACCAAAGUGGCAGUGACGACAAUGGCGGCGACGAUCAAUCGGACCGCAGCGGCGUGAGUUCCUAUUUGGGAGACGAAGCAUCCGAGUUUGGCACCAUUGCCAGUAGUCGACGCUCCGACAAUCACACGAGUCCCGAAAAGAUUGCCGAACAAUUGUCGCAACGAGAGUCCAUGCGCAUUUUGCGAUUGCGUGUCAUUGUGAUUUCCGUCUUGUUCUUGACGGCCUUGGCCAUUUCCAGUGUCGUUUUCAAGAUUACCACGGAUGGAGAAGUCGAUGAGUUUACCACACAAUACGAAAGUGCCUCGUCCAAAGUCAUUGCGACGUUUGAAGAUGUCAUGAAUCGUAUGGGAUCCGUGGCGGGGUUGGGAUUGUCCUUUACAUCGCAGGGAAUGCAUACACAAGAGCAAUGGCCGUUUAUGACUUUGAAUGACUUUCCACCCAAGGCACGCAAUGCACUCCAACUCUCCGGGGCACUCAUGGUGGGAAUGAGUCCCAUUGUGCAGGGACACUUGUUUGACGAGUGGGACAAUUAUGUCAUUCAACCACAAAACACCGAAUGGAUCAACCAAUCCUUGACGUACCAAGCCGAACUUCACUUGAAUCACUCGUCUUCCGUAUCAUCAUCAAACCGUCCCGUCGAUGUCAUGCAUUACUUUGACCAUGGCGCCGUGGUUCCCGAAGUGCCGGGAAAACCAUGGUACUUGCCCGUCUGGCAAACCGCCCCGUACAUUCCAGAUCACGGAUUGGUCAACAACAAUCUUCUCAGGUAUGAAAAUACAACCGAUUUCAUUACCAAUGUCAUUACCCAUGGACACGCUGUGGUUUCCGAAUUCUACGGGGCACCACCGGGAACCACUGCCAGUGACAAUGCCGAUACGGCUCUCUUUGCAUCGCUUCGAACCGCCAAGGAAAAGACAUCGUCGCCGUACUUGGGCGAUCCACUUUCCAAUUUGUACAUUCCCGUCUUUGAUACCUUUUCGACUGCUAGCGCCAAAAGUCAGCAACAAACCGUCGUGGGUGUCUUGCAUGCCAUUAUUCAUUGGAAAUCUUACUUCAAGAAAAUAUUACCCGACAAUGUCCAACGCAUCAUUGUCGUAUUGGAGUAUCAAUGUGGUGGGGGUGACAAUGACAAUAAUGAUGACAACGACAACACUACUACUGAGGCUCCUCGACGAGACUUGGCCACUACUUUUACCAUCAUUGACGAAUCAGAGGCAUCCACCGACCCCAACAGUUAUUGGGCACUGCCUUCUUCCGUCCCUCCAGAAGAGGAGAUCACGUCGGAUGCCGACAACAACGAUGGAAAUAGUUAUUGGGAAAUUGAUCAGUUUUCCACGCAAACUGCAAUGCCUGAACCAACCAAUCCACUAGAACAAGAAGAACAACCCGAGCAGACCGCAAUGCCCGAACCAACCCAACAACCAGAACAAGAAGAACACGAAGAAGAAGAAAGAGACCCAGUGAAUGUCACGACGGACGACUUUUUUUCUGCAGAGUCGUCACAAGAAACCAACCAUAAUGGAACCUCCACGGAUGACGACGACGACGGCCCUUCCUUUUUUACGUACUACGUGGAAGGAUCCGAAGCCCAUGCCAUUGGAUACGGCGAUCAUCACGAUCCGAGGUUUGAUCAUUGGAUGCGAGUGGGGACAUUUGCCACGCGCAAUUUGGAUGAUGGAACUGUCGGUGGGAUUCCCGUCGAUCAACAAUGCUCGUAUCACAUUUACGUGUAUCCCACACAAUCCUUUUACGAUGAAUUCAUCACCACCACGCCCUUGCACAUUACCAUGGGUAUUGUCGUGGUCUUUAUUUUUGCCAUUGUCAUGUUCCUCAUGUACAAUCGAUUGGUCGAAAAACGGCAGCAGAAAGUGUUGCAAAAGGCGACCCAGUCCACGGCCAUUGUCGCGUCGCUCUUUCCAAAGAACGUCCGUGAUCGGUUGCUGGCAGGAGGCAAUUUGGAAAAAGAAGAAACCGACGGGUUUGGAAUUGGGAACAAGUCUCGUCUCAAGGGGUUCAUGGCGGGUGAAACAGAAGGCAACGAUGAAGACGAGCAGCCGAUUGCGGAUCUUUUUCCACACUGCACGGUGUUCUUUUGUGAUAUUGCUGGGUUUACGGCAUGGUCAUCCACUCGUGAGCCCGCGCAGGUUUUCAUCUUGCUCCAGGGUUUAUACCAGGCAUUUGAUCAGCUUGCAAAACGUAGGCAUGUCUUCAAAGUUGAGACUAUUGGGGACAGCUAUAUGGCUGUCACGGGUUUACCCGAUCCGCAAGAGCAUCACGCCAGCAUCAUGGUUCGUUUCGCCUGGGGUUGCAUUGUGAAAAUGAAGGAAGUGACGAAGAGACUGGAAAGAACCCUAGGCCCCGACACCACAGAACUCUCCAUGAGAAUUGGCUUGCAUUCAGGGCCUGUGACUGCUGGCGUCUUGCGAGGAGACAGAGCCCGCUUCCAAUUGUUUGGAGAUACAGUCAAUACGGCAAGUCGCAUGGAAUCAACUGGUGUUCGUGGAAAGAUUCAAGUCUCAGAAACGACUGCCAACCACUUAAGGGAUGCUGGAAAGGACCACUGGGUCAAGCCGCGAGAGGACGUAGUGAAGGCUAAGGGGAAAGGAGUUUUACGAACUUACUGGGCUAAUCCAAAGAACAAGCGCAGUGAAAAUGGCAGCUCUUCGUGGGAUGUCGGGAGUAGCGAGGAACCGGUAGAAGACGACGACGAAGAUGACAACGGAAACAGCGGAGCUCAGCAACAAGCCCAAGACCGCCUAGUGGAUUGGAUUGUCAAGCUCUUGUCGGAUGACAUUCUGAAGAUUCUAUCCGCUCGCGCCAGGAGCAGCGCCAUCAAAGCGAAUUCAAUAGGCAAUCUAAUGAAGGGUGCCAAUGCACCAGCACCAACAUAUCACCCUCCAGAAGGCAAGACGUGCAUGGACGAGGUCAAAGAAGUCAUUCGCAUGCCCAAAACGGUCGCAAAAUCAGAUGAAAGGAAGGUGUCCGAGAUCCCCGAUGAAGCCCUUCAUGAGCUUGGUGAAUACGUAACUGGCAUUGCCCUCAUGUAUCGAAACAACCCUUUCCACAACUUUGAACAUGCAUGUCAUGUGACGAUGAGUGUCAACAAGUUGAUUCGACGUAUUGUGAAUCCAGACAUCUCGGCGGAAAAAGCGGCUGGUUUGGAUGAUGCUAGCAAGAAGUUGGCAAUGCACGUGCAUGACUUCUCGUACGGGUUUUCGUCGGAUCCUCUGGCAAUGUUUGCAAUGACGUUUUCAGCAUUGAUUCAUGAUGUUGACCACCGAGGAAUCUCAAAUAUGCAGCUGGCAAAGGAAGAGCCAGAGAUGGCCACCAUGUACCACAGCAAGAGUGUUGCCGAACAGAACUCGCUGGAUGUUGCUUGGGAUUUGCUGAUGGAAGACCGUUUCUCCAACCUCAGGAAAUGUCUCUUUGAAUCCAAGGAGGAGCUGAUGAGGUUCCGCCAGCUCAUUGUGAACGUUGUGCUUGCUACCGACAUCUUCGAUAAGGAGCUCAAUGAUCUCCGAAAGAAUCGUUGGAGGAGAGCAUUCUCAGGGGAAGGAGGGGAAGAAUCAGACAGAAGCGAUCUUCGUGCGACGAUUGUUAUUGAACACAUCAUCCAAGCUUCCGAUGUGUCUCAUUGCAUGCAACAUUGGCAUGUGUACCAAAAGUGGAAUCGCUGUCUGUUCAGGGAGAUGCACACAGCAUUCAAGCAAGGACGCCUAGGGAAGGAUCCGGCUGGUUUCUGGUACAAAGGCGAGAUGGGCUUUUUUGACAACUACAUCAUCCCUCUGGCUAAGAAGCUAAAGGACUGCGGUGUCUUUGGUGUCAGUAGUGAUGAAUAUUUGAACUACGCCGUUCAGAACAGAGCAGAGUGGGAGGAGAGAGGGGCAGAGAUUGUAGCAACCAUGGUCGAGGAGGUCGCAGAGGACAAUCUAGCCACGGGCAGUACAACUGUCCGAAAGGCUUUGAAGCGUUUCAGUGCCCCACCAGAGCAAAUGAUGAGGGAUGCCAUGGCGCUUCAAGAGUCUCUAAACGGUGGUGCGAAACCACCCAAACCAUCAAGAGGACAUCGAGCUUCGACCAGUGAGUCGUUCCCCAGCAACUCGCAGGAAUUUCGGGAGUCGAUAGGUGUUUCGGCCAAGACAACACACUAG